AUGAUAUCACCUGUUCUUCUUAAAGUUUGGUUCAGUAAUGAAAUAAUUGGUCUUCCAUUUACUGAAAUAUUCGUUCAUUAUCAAAAAUCAAAAAAUAUAAUGUUAAAACUUAUUCAAGCUAUUGAUGAAUUAAUACAAUUUGGUAUUCUUAAAAAAGGUGUUAAAGAUAAUCGACAUGUUGUUACUGCACGAAAAGAAACUUAUUUGAGGGUGUGGGUAUGGCGGUAA